AUUCAUCUCCUACCUAGUUGUUGAUCUUCAGAUGCUCUAACUCUUCACCUUUCUUAAUUGAUUACACAUAAAAAUGCUGAAAGCUGCUGGGAGUACAAUAACAAUGGAGAAAGCAGUGAAGAAACUGCUAUUUGAAAAUAGGAUUCAAAGUUUAAUAAGCUGUGAAAAAGCAUCGAGACCAUGUAUUCGGAUUCCAUUUUUUCAGCUCAGUUCGCUUGCUGUUAUCGAGAAAUCGAGUUCUCAGAUAGCAAGCAAGCACAGGGAUUCAAUGAAGGUUUAUGCAAUGAGGAGGAGGAGGUCAAAUAUAGAGACAGACACUUAUGUUCUAAUGGAACCUGGAAAAAAUGAGGAGUUUGUCACCAAGGACGAAUUGAGGGACCGGUUGAAGGGUUGGCUGGAGAAUUGGCCAGGCAAGUGCCUGCCACCUGACCUUGCAAAAUUUGAAGAUAUUAAUGAUGCUGUUUCAUAUCUUGUUAAAUCUGUUUGUGAGCUUGAAAUUGAUGGAGAUGUUGGUUCUAUCCAGUGGUUCGAAGUUCGUUUGGAGUGACAAACCACCAUAUGUCAAACUGUCCCAAGAAAUGAAAUGUGUUUUCUUUACAUUCAGUGCCAUUUUGACAAAAACAAAUAAUUAACGAGAUAAUUUUAAGACAC